CUUUAGAAUCCGGAUCUCACUUGUGUUCCCCAAACCCUCGUUAUUGGACUAUAAAAGGGGAGAAUUGGUUUCAUCAUAACAUAUGCAUAUUCCUCCUCUGUUUUCAGUCUCCUCUCUCUCUCUGAAAGAUCAGUUUUUCUACCAUUGUUGCAGAGCACCGUAUCGGCAAAUCGAAAUCCAAAAUGGCUGUCACCAUUAAGCAAAUGGCCCUGCUUGUCUCCUUUCUCGGCAUCUUGUCUUUCAUCUUUGGAGUCAUCGCUGAAAACAAGAAGCCUGCAGCUGGAACUCCAAUUUCUGGAAAAGAUGUGGUUAUUUGCAAGUAUCCAUCGGAUCCCACGGUGGUUCUUGGUUACCUAUCGGUCGUUUUUCUGGCAUUAUCUGGUCUGGCUGGCUAUAUCUCUCUGUUUUACCCUUACAAAGGAAAAUCUGUUCCGCAAUCUGUUCUCUUCCGAAGCACUAGUUUCUUCGUCUUCUUCAAUAUUGCCUUGUUUACAUGCGGCCUAGCAGCCACUCUGCUCUUAUGGCCAACAAUAACAGAGCAGCUUCACUUGACGCGCAAUGUUCAUCACAAUCUCACCACAGAAUGCCCUACUGCUAAGACUGGUCUCCUUGGUGGUGGUGCUUUUGUUUCACUCGAUUCAGCUCUCUUCUGGUUAGUUGCCCUUAUGUUGGCUAAUAAUGCCCGAGAGGAUCACUUUGACGAAGUUGAAAAAGACAGUAAAGCUGAGCCCGGUCAGGUUCUUUCAGCUGAAUACCAUGUCAAAGGCGGUGCUGUGUAAUGCUUUUGAUGGCCCUAGAAUCUGUCCAAAUCUAUCUUUAUGGUUUAGAUUUUUUACAUUUCACAGUAUCAAUUAUGUACUCGUGUUAUUCAGCAUCUCCAUGGAAUGAAAAACUUCUCAUUGUAAAUGCUCCCAUCUUUCAAUGUUGGUGUCAAAUAUGGUAGCUUAAGCUAAAUUCAUCUGGAUUGGCUUGGUUUAGCA